ACAAAGCAUCCGUUCACGUACGCCAUGAAAAUAAAUUGUGAAAGCCACAGCUUUCAGAGUUUCAGACGCCUGCCUGCUCCCUCACGUCAAAACUCUACUCCCAUCCUCUGCCGCCUCCUUUCUCCUCAGCUAGCUUGCAUUCCAAGUUCCAACCCACCCAUCCAUCUCUGAUCUCUGUACCUCACGUUCUCGUUCCAGGGAGGAGACCCUUACUUUUCAGACCAGCAGCAAACCAUGAGCAAUAGAAUACACCCGUCGGAUGCCAGCCGCGGCGGCCGAGCUCGUCGGGCGGCGGCAUCAGAUCGCUGCCCGGCGGUGUACACGGUAUGGAAGAGGUCCAGCAUGGGGUUCCAGGGCACCGACGGCUUCUGCGUCUACGACGACGCGGGCAGGCUGGCGUUCCGCGUCGACAACUACUCCCGGCGGCGGAAGCUCUGCGCCGGCGAGCUGCUGCUCAUGGAUGGACAGGGCUCUCCGCUCCUCUCCCUCAGGCCACAGCUUCUCAGCCUGCACGAUCGCUGGAACUGCUACACAGCAACGGAAGAAGGCGGCGUCGACAAGAAGCCGUCUGCCUCGUCACAGCAGCAAGUGUUCACGAUGAGCAGGUGUUCAGCUCUGAAGAUCAGCGACGAAGCAGAGGUCCACAUGUCAGCAGCAGGCACAGCUGCGUCGUCAUCGUUAUCUGGCCUUGGCUGCAAGCACCCGCAGGCCGCCGCUUCGGGCUACCGGAUCGAGGGCUCCUUCUCCAGGAGGAGCUGCAAGAUCCGUCAUGGCAGCGACGGCAAGGAGGCGGCGCGGAUAACGAGGAAGAACGCCGGCGUGGCGUCCAGGCCAGUGGCGACGCUCGGUGACGACGUGUUCAGCCUCGUCGUCCGGCCGGGUGUCGACGCGGCGACGAUCAUGGCUAUCGUUGUUGUCAUGGAUAGGAUCUGUCACAAACCGUACACGCCCAUGGUGUGUUCUUCACAGCAGAGUUGUAGUGUAAAACCGUAGUUGUAGCAGUAGCGCAGAGGCAGCAAGGAGAAACGUUUACAAGAUUUUGAUUUGAUACAGAUACGCAUGGUGUGGCCUCAGGAUGCAAAGGACAGGGGAAAAAGACAUGUAUUUGCUAGUGCCUAGUGGAGGAUACACCCGACAGCACCUACUUUAUACUUAUUCCAAGAACAUUUUCAA